GCUGAUCUGGAUGGCAAAGCACCUGAUUUGCUCAGAAGGAUAAGCACUGGAAAUUCCUGAGCGUCUGCAGGCAUGAUCAGCUUCUGCUCCAGGGAUCGAGUGUACAAAGAAGAAAGAGGGAGAGGGAGAGAGAGGGAGACUUAAAAGACUGUUUCUCGUGGUCACUCUUGAACUUUCUCAGUACAUUAACAGCUGAAUGUUAGGUAAGUAUAGAAAGCAAUGAAGGGGAGGAGGAGCACAAUGGUGUUAUUGUUGGCCAGGGGUCUCCCACCAGCCCAUAUCCUCUUGGUUUCUCAACUCCCAGAGAGGUGCAAUUUAUCAACUGACUUGAUGAAUGGUCACGGAUUCAAUUGUGGGGUGGGGAGAGGCGCAGGAUCCUUCCCCACCCAGCUGCUGGGGUGACUGUCCUGUUGACGUCAGACAUUUUUACCUCAUCUCCUGGCACCGGGACGUUAUAUUUAUAACAGCACCAGGAGUAGUGGAACUGGAAUAGGCGUGUCCCUACUCCAUCAUCUCUGCUUUUUUCCUCAUUUGCUUUUAAAGCUGCCCUUAGAGUGUGAGAGAGCAAUUUUGCUGCUUGUCUCGCUCGGGGAGAGAAGAACGAGCAGAGCUGAGAUUAUUUGCCGAGUGGGUGUGCGGCAGGAAUUUCCCUGGUUUGCCCUCUGCUACUGAAGAAGACGCAUCUAGCCGUGGGAGCACAGAGCACACUCAAGGUAAAUCAAAGACCAAAGCUACCGUGAUGGGAUCAUAGAGCAAGAGGUUUGGUAGGAGGGAGUCCUGUGGCUCUUUCUCAACCUGACCCCAGGGCAUGCUGCUGUGGUGCAGUUUGUAGCUUCAUUUCUGGAUUGCUAGUCUGCAGAUGGGAUUUUCCUUUCAUGUUUUUAGCAUUACAAAGACACCCAUCGACAGUCAUUCUCUGGCUCUUUCCUAGAAUCUGAAAAGUGCAAAAAAUUCCUUAUUUGUGUAUACGCACUGGUGCGCAAAGCAUGCCUUCCCUGUAGAUUUAUUUUGCGUUCUCACAGCUAGCAAGUCUUAACUGGAGUACCUGGAAUUCUGUUGAUUUAGCCCUGCUAUUAUUAAGCAAGUUGGUGUCCCGUUGGCAUCAAUGUGUUCAUUCUGUUCAAACGCAUGCAGCACUGUUUAAUUGGUUUGUGGAUCUGGCUGUUUGACCUCUAGCUAUCAGCUGCAUGUGGUUUUAAGAUAGCUGUACACUCUUAAGUGGAGGGUAGCAAACCAGGCAGUGAAUGAAUGAUUUGCAGCCCGGUACUAUGCAUGUUUACUUGGCAGCAAGUUUGCAUAGGUCUACAGCCUGAGUGCUUAAAAGUAUUUUUCUUUUUCUCAGAAAUGGAGAGGGUGGGGGGAUUUCUGCCUGGCCCUUGUACAACCAAGGCAAGUGCUAAUGUUAAAAUGACACAUAGGGGUUCUGAUUUGGAAAUUUCUCACCAGAAGAAGCAACUUACCCUGCAUUCAGUCUUUAUGGUGAGUUUUCUGUAUUCAGUUAUCUGAAGGAAUGUCUCUGAGGACACAGCAGAUGGAGGAAAGGGGUGUUCCUGCUUGAUACAGUGUUGACAGUCCUUUGGAGAACGCGGUGCAUUUGCCUACACCUGCAGGCAGUUGGGGCCUGACUCAAAAGAUUAAAAUUUGGUGGCCCACAUUUGCCCCAAAAUGUCACAUUCCAUUAGAGGGCAGCGCCAGACCCUAAAGUGAGUGGGGUCAGACCCACACACAAUUACAGUGGUACCUCGGGUUAAGAACUUAAUUUGUUCUGGAGGUCCGUUCUUAACCUGAAACUGUUCUUAACCUGAGGUACCACUUUGGCUAAUGGGGCCUCCCGCUGCCGCCGCGCCGCAAUUUCUGUUCUCAUCCUGAGGUAAAGUUCUUAACCCAAGAUACUAUUUCUGGGUUAGUGGAGUCUGUAACCCAAAGUGUUUGUAACUUGAAGCGUCUGUAACCCGAGGUACCUCUGUACGCACUCAACACACAUAAUCACACAGAGAGAGGCGUUUUUCAUGGGGAGAAGAGAUAUGUAUUUGUUUUUCAGUAACUCUGUUGAAGUUUCGCUUUCCAUUUUUCAUUCCUUUGGACUCCCCACUCUGAAAGUUUGUAAAAACAAGCAACCCAACAAAGUUUGACUGUGCAGAAGGCAAAAAGCAACCAGUAAUGCCUGCUGGAGAUUACACCGCCAAACUUCAAGCCAUGCCAUAUAUAGCUCUUUAGUCUGAAACUUCAAAAGGCAAUUGCACCCUGAAAAUACUAUACCUGAGUUACAAAAUGUAUGCCUUUUGAUUACACGAUCCUCACUGUAGUAAAUAAUAUUUUAAAAUAUAAUGGUACUACUAGAUUAGUUCACCAUAUGCCUAGAUUCCAUAAUCCAUAACUCAGUUAAUGAAAUAAGGCUUUAUCUGAAUCAGCUUAAUAAUUAUUUGAUUCCUUUGACAUCUCUAAGUAGUGUCUGACUUGCUUCAGCUGCUCUGAUAUUAUCCCCUUCAUAGAAUUGUAGGGUUGUAGUCCAUUUCACUCUCUUUUUCAAAUCAUGCUUUAUCAUGCUUCUCUUAAUUUCUACAGGUUUUCCUUUAAGGCGGCAUCCACUUUAGGGCUGUCCUGAGGCACCAUGGCCUCCCGGCCAGUCUGUCAAGGCUUAGAUAGAGACUAUGACUUCCUCUGUGACACCAAGGACUAUUGGGGCGUUGUUGUGGAAUCCUUUGCUACCGCUGGUGCUGUCGUCACAGCCAUCCUGAUCGUUGUGCUCAUUUUCCUUGUAUGUAAAGUCCAAGACAACACAAAGCGAAGCCUGAUCCCUGUCCAGUUCCUCUUCCUUCUGGGCACUCUAGGAAUCUUCGGCCUCACUUUUGCCUUCAUUAUAAGGCUCAACGAGAGGACUGCCCCCACCCGCUUCUUUCUUUUCGGGGUCCUCUUCGCCCUCUGCUUCGCCUGCCUCCUGGCCCAUGCCUUCGACCUCAUCAAGCUGGUGAGAGGAAGACGGCCAUUUUCGGUACUGGCGCUGCUGGUUUUCGCCAUCAGCCUGACCAUUGUGCAGAUUAUUAUCGCCAUACAGUACGUAGCCAUCAACAGCCAAGAGCUGAGAGCCCUGAACUCCACGGAAGGUUUGACACAAAAAAGCCGCGUGGACUUCGUUCUGCUUCUCAUCUACGUGCUUUUCCUGAUAGCCCUCCUCUUUGUGGUCUCCACUUUUGUUUUCUGUGGGUCAUACAGAAGGUGGAAGAGGCAUGGCACACACACCUUCUUCACAGCCCUGUUCUCCAUAGGCAUCUGGGUGGCAUGGAUCAGCGUGUUCAUGACAGACUUUGGGAAAAGGCCAGAAUGGGACGAUCCCACUAUCAGCAUUGCUCUGGUAGCUAAUGGGUGGGUCUUCCUGAUGAUAUAUGCAGUGCCUGAGCUCUGUUUCCUCACCACUCCACGGAAGCCUGGAGACUACCCUCCGGAGAAUGAUGCCUGCCAGCCUAAAGUCCUGAAAAAAACCUACGGAGUAGAGAAUCGAGCCUAUGCUCAGGAAGACAACGCGCAAGGUAUGGCUAUCCAUAGCAAUGCCUGUAUGUCUGGGACUGGCAAGUGCUUUGUGUGAUAGAGAGAGCAUCUUUGGCAAGCUAAAAAUAUUCAGAUGCUGCUGAAUUAUUAUUUUUUAACCCAUUUUAAAGCAUUCCCUAGGACAGCUUCCCAUGUUCUCAUUUGGUGUUGCAGAGCACAAAGAGGGCCAUACUGGACGUGUCCUUGGAAAGGCAGGCACUUUUUAUGACAAUCCUGGGCCACAGGGGAGGUGGGAGGCCAGCUUCCUAGUGUUUCCUGUAAUGCAGGCUCACUGCCACCUAAGUAAAUGCUUCUAUAGCCAAAGCCUAUAUAAUGAUUUAUGGCAUUCAUUUGUCACUUUUCUUUCUUUCUUAAAUCUUAAAUCUCAAAUCAACAUGUUGCACACCACAUGGAUCAGGAUUCAGUCAGGUCCCAAAAUGGGAAAUAUUUUGGGUGGCUGAAAUCCUAGAUGCACUUACCUGGGAAUAAGGCCCAUUAGGGGCAUCUAGCCCAGUAUCUAACCCACUGCCAGGGUUCUCUCCCAGUCCUACCAAGAGAUGUUGGGGAUUAACCCAGGGACUUCUGCAUGCAAAGCAGAUGCUCCUAUGGGCGUAGCCAGGAUUUUUGUUAGGGGACAGGCCUUUUGUUAGGCGGGGGCAGAACCUUAGUUAGCUAUGUAUUUAUAUUUAUUGAUUUGGGGGGCAGCUGCCCCUCCCUUCCCUCCCCUUUGGCUAUGCCCAUUGAUGCUCUGCCUUUGAGCUACAGCCCUUCCUUUAUGCAAAUGACAAAGGCUUUCAUUCUGAGUAAAUACAAAUUGGACUGGGCUGCACAACACACUACAUCAGAGGUUUUCAACCUUUUUGGCUCCACAGCUUCCUUGACCAACUGCAUUCUUUCUGUGGCACCCCUGUGGGGCUCAGGAGCCCAGUUUUGUCACCCCUUGCCUGCAGGGCUGGCAGCCUCUCAUGCUUUUUUGAACACCCUCCCUUGUGGAGUGUUCCCUCAGCCUCUUCCCCUCUCCUCUCUCCUUGGGAGUCCUCUGGGCAGCCACAACUGUUGCCCCAGUCUCUGAGCUGCCCCCCCGCCAGAAAGAGAGGUGCUCCUCACGCUGCCCCACAGGGGCCUGGGAGGCACCCCCUGGCCAGCCCCAGAGGCCCUAUUUGCCUGCAGAGCUUGAAGCCGGGGCUGCUGUAACAAACAGCCAUGCAAGCCUUUGGGAGAGAUGCAAGAGGGUGUCAAAGAGGAGGGAGAAAGGGAAGAAGGAACAGAGGCCAGUGUUGCCCACAGCGCCCCUGACCAUCCUUCAAGGCACCCCAGGGUGCCACGGCUAUAGUUCUCAGGAUGUUUUAACUGUACUGUGUAUACACAACUGUUGCUGUAGAUGGUUGUCUGGAAUCAAAUGGAGUUUGCUUUGUUUUUGUGGCAAUAUUAAACACACUGACUCACUGCCUCCCCUUGCUUGUCUUUUUCAGUUCCAGAUGCAAACAGGGGUCCUUCAUAUCCUCCAUAUUCAACUCACUUCCAGCUGCAGGUAAAUAAACAGUCUUUGAUUUUCAGUACGGGAAUGAUUCGUUGCAAUGCAACUUCAUUCAGUCAAGUGGCCUAUGAAGGAAUUUCAACAUGUUUGGAUAAUUAUUAAACAUUGUCGAGUUGGUGGUGGAGCUGCCACUCACAUGAGGUUAUGUGGUCUUGGGGCUGUGUGGGACACAGAGAACAACUCAGCUAACAAGCUGCAUUUGACGUCUGGGUAACGUGAGUUCUUUUUGGCUGCGUCGAGACAACAGAAUAGUUUAUGUUGGGGCAGGUAAUAGAAUUGGCUGUAAACUGCAGAUUGCUGUAAAUUGCAGUUGUAUAGUGGGCCCUGUAUGCAACGUCCGAGCCAACCUGAGAUCACUCAGUGAGCAUUUUAAUGCCACUGCUGAUAUUAUUGGAGACAAACAAAGUCAAGUAUGAGUGAAGGCGAUGCUUCCUUCUGAUCACAUGGUUGUUAACCAGUCAGGAAUGUGUGCCUCUCCCCUCCAAGCAGUCAAAGAUUAUUGCUGUGGAGGUGAUGAGUCUCUGUGCUUAUAGCAAAUGGUGAACGAGUUGCUUCUUCUCUAAACAGGCAAAGAAAGAGAGGGGAUUGUGGGGAGCUUCUAUGUCCAAAGUUCGAACGGAAGAUGCCAGUAACUGGGGAAGGAGGGGUUGGGAUCACACUGAAGCACUUUAUUCACCUUAUGCAGCAUUCUAGAAAAAUAAUUAAAAGGGAAUCAGUUUUGCAGCUACCAAAAGCUUUCACGAGCCCAACCCAGCACCAUUGGCUCAAGUAUAUUUCCAUGCAAAACUAACCAUGUGGUAAUGUAUCUAGCAUGCAGUUUUGUCUGGACGGGUUCUCUUAAAAGGCCUGCCACAUUAGGAAUCACAGACUAGACUUAAGAGUUUGGCUGACCUUUACCCCCUGAUUAACGAAGGAUUUCCCUAUACAUUACCCAGGCUCACUUCCAUUAUAAGUGACCCAAGCGCUGGAUUUUCUUCUAGGUCUUUAGAAAAGUUGGCCACUACCAACCUGCCACUGCAAAAGUUGGGGCAGGGGGCUCUGAGAAUCUUCCUCAACCUAGUUAAAAAACAGUUCCGCUUUCUCAAAAGAAACAUUCAACAGAACAUAUGUCACUUAAAAACCUUACAAUUCCACUUCCUUCCUCUUUUUUUGCCUAGAACCUUGAGCCCCAGCAGGAUUUCUCCAUCCCACGGCCGAAAACCCGAACCAGCCCAUACCAAGAGUAUUCUGGAGGGAAAGGUGUCAAGUAGCCGUCCUGCUACUAAUGCCAGAGAAGCCAUUCUGAGUCGGCGGAGGUGCUGGAAAUCAUCACGGAUAUAGCGGUGCUUCAGUUUUUAUUAAAUCAGGGACAGAACUCAGCGCUGCAGCGGAUGAAGGAAGAUGCCUGUCCUUUUCUCCUGCACACCUUUUAUAUCUGCCUUCGUACACUUGGCACUUUAUAAUGUUUUCUUUUGCCGUGUUCCUUCAUUUAAUGAAUUGCUGUAGGCUUUUUUUGAGGUAGCCUCUCAUUCUUGCUACCUUGCUGCCCUGCCUUCUGCCACCCAAGUGCUGAGGGGGAAGGUCUGAAGCAUGGAGCUUUCUCUAUAGAGCUCUCAUGUUGUUUAGACCCAUGAUUUGCACAGGAUUCUAUAUCACCUGGGGGGGGGCAGCCCAUAAAUGGGGGGGGGGGGCGGCAGUGAGCCUAGCCAUGCUCUUCCCCUCCACAGCUGCAAUUGCUUAAGAGGCAAUCUCCCAAAUAGGGUUUAUGGCUUCUCUCAGUUCCACAGAGAAUUCUAUACCUCAGCAUUUUGCCCAAGCUUGUUUUUCUCCUCACAACACAAACAGGAAAGAUUGUAUCCAUCCCAUUCACUCGUGGGGUUCCCUGUGAGUAAAAAUGUGAGUAAAGCUCAAGGAGUAUUCUUGGCCCAGGCCACAUACCUGAAAUGUAUGUAUUUGCGUUUUCUCCUAACCUCCCCCCCACUCCGUCUUUGCCCUUUGAAGCAUUGGAAUUCGCAGGAAUAUUUUAUGAUAACUGUACCAUUUAGAAGCCUGCGAAAUCUCCGAAUGUCUUCCUUUUAAGAGGUGGCCUGUAUCAGUGGCUGUCUUUAGUCCUACGUGCAAUGCCAGGCCUGUAAUAGCACUGCUGUCCUCAAAUCCUGUCAAAUUCUUCCUACCUGCUUUUGUGGAACUGAGUCACAAAGGGAAGUAGCCCAAACAAAAACAAAUCAGUUUUCAAACCAGGAAAUCGCAGUAUUUUUAAAAGUGAAAGUCAUUCCAAACUGUCUAUAGAUCUGCUUUGAACACAGGAAGAAAGCAGAAGGAGGGGGAAAGAAAACAGGUUUUAAAACUGUGUACAGCUUUGAAUGAGAUUUCUUUACAGGCUUCCUGCUUUUGCCAUUGAUGCCUAAUCUCUCCCCUGGUGAGACUUCCAAGCCCACUGAGCAUGCUUAGGGGACCUAACAUUAAGACUGUUGGGAGAUGGGGAGAUUGCUCUCCUCUGCAGAGGACAAUCCUGCAGUUUGAAGGCAGUGAUGUGUGACAGCAUAGAAACAGGGUAGUAGAUUAGAAUAAUUAUCUCUAAAUAUGCGUCUCUUCCUAUAAAUUAGCACAUGCAAAUUUUAUGUGCUGUUGUGUAGAGAGGACCCUUGACUAUAAUACACAAACAUAAGAAAGUCCUCUGAGUGUGUGAACAGUGGUGUGAACAACCAAAACAAUGCAUUAUUGGGGGGGGGGGGCGGAGGCGGAUUGCAAGAAGUUGAGGGAUGGGAUGGGCAAACUGAUGCAUGGCCAUCUCCUGCCAAAGCUGCAUGAGAGAUGAACAUGAUCUCUUGAAGUCAACAUGGCAACAACUCCACAGAGAGCAGUUAGUCAAACCCUCCUGGGGGGAAAAAAUCCCUACCUAGAGAUCUUCUCAGCACGGGUUUCCUCCUGUCAUUCAUUAUUAGCAGAUUUCAGUGAUAGAGAAAGGGAAACUUUGGAAGCAUAAUGGUGGUGGCGGAGGGAAUUCAUUGAAUGCCACUAAGGCUGCAAUCCUAUACCCGCUUACUCUGGGAUCAGCCUCAUUCAACUCAGUGGGGUUUCCUGCAACUCUUUUACCACUGUUAAUCAAACAGCAUUUUAGGACAUACUAACGCUAACCGCUAGCAAAAUGUUGCAUAUUGGAGUGCUGCUGCUCAGGAUUCCUCCCACUCUACUCUGCUCUAUUCCCCCUGUCCUGGUUUUCCAUUCUCCUUCCUGCAAUAGCCAGUCACAAUUUUGUUGUCACUAAGCUUGCUCAGUCUCCUCAUUGGGCUGUUUGGAGAGGUGGUUUCCUCCUAAGAGUUUCGCACCUUCCCGAAUAUUUUCUAUACUUCUGCAAACCUUGGGGUUCCUGCUGAUAGUUUCCUCUUGGUGCAGUUUUGGGCUAUAUAAGGACCAGCACAUAAUAGUAUUAAGACUGAUAUUAUAUGAUUGCUUUAUAUGAUGAUUGCAGAUGGGGAAGAACACUGGCUAUCACAAGCCUUACUCAUAUGGCAAACACUUCCAGAAAGUUGUUUCAGAUUUUAAUGGGGAGUUGGGGAAACUCUUUUACAACCGGCUCAAGAAAAAUAAGACACAAUUCAGAGAAAGUCAAGCUUCUUUUUCCAUUGAUUAUAAUGGGAUCCAUUAGUCCUGUGCUUAACAAUGCUCCCAUUAAAAUCCAUUGGGGGGGAAGUGCACAAUUUUGCUCCUUAACCUGUGGGAAAGGAUUCUUCAGGUUUUGUUUUUGCUUGUGUGCUUGUAAAUGUAUUAUAUUAUUAUUUAUUUGUUUAUUUCUCAUACCACACGGAACACAUUGGUCUGCAUUUAAUAAAUAAUUAUAGACGGUGUGUAUUGAUAA